AUGGCGCAGGCUGGUGUCAACCCUCACACCGCAGCAGACUUGCUCAGGCAAGCCAUGGCUCAAAAUGUUGCUCGACAUAGCGGUGAAAGAGACCCGAUGCACGAACAACUCCUCUCCGGCGCUCCUACGCCCUCAGGCGUCGAGACACCUCGACCCGAUUUUCAGGACAAACGCAUGCCUGGUAUAGUGCAUGGCUAUUUUGGACAGGUGGGUAACCGGGCUCUAUUCCAACUGCCUCGAUCCAAAUCCUACAAAUCAUCCAUCACCACUUCCCAGCCUGCUACUACCCCCACUGUCAAAACUGGGCCCAAGCCAUAUCCUGCAAAACCUGCGCGUAGAAACAGCCAGCCUAGCCGCUGCGUCUCGACUGCUUCCAUGGACUCUCUGGUCAAGGUGGAUCGCUACCGGAAUAUCGACACACCACCUGAUUCUGACGACUUGAAUUUCGAUGCACAAGAGCUGGAUCAAACACAAGACAAGUCAACUCAGCCGCCGACACCUAUUUCUUCUGAUCCCUAUGAGGUACAGAAAGACGGUGGAUCCGCUGAGAAUGGUGGCCCACUCGUCGAUGGAGGUCUUGCAUCCAUCACACAAGCCCUCAGGAACUUUGUCCGGCCAAAAACGAGUGCGAACCGCCAUCAAUCGUUACCGACCUCAGGCAUAUCAAGAGAUUCCGUACCUGCUGCUCAUAUUUCUAGCCCUAUCUCAUCCCUGCAAUCUCCGCAAUCUACACAUCCCUCAUCUCCUCCACCUCCUAAGAACAUGCACUCCUCCGUUUCUAUACAGGAUCUGAAUAAGCUGACUUUGGACGCGGCCGAAAAGACUACGAAUACUCCCCCUCUUACUCCGAGGGCUCUUUCUCAAACUGACGAGGCCCGUGCUCGAUCACCACGAUCCAAUGUAAGCCUUGCCGCAUCCGAUGAUGGCGCAAGCAGCCAGAAUACCUCGGCCGUUCGACCAGGCGAUUCCGUACCGAUCGGUGCUCCUAGAGGCAAAGUCAAGGUUAGGAUAGCAGAGGGAAAAGGUUUGCGACCAUCGGUAGAACCUUAUUGUGUUUGUGUCUUUGAGUGGAACGAAUAUAUCUCGCAGGGCCCUAAGCAAGACCAGAUGGAUAUAGAUGAGAAGAAGCCAUCUAUGGCCAAUCUAUCCUCCGUUCACAUGAAGCGGACGGACAGCGAUAUUGCAAGAACUAUGGCCAUUCCCAUGAGAAGUCGCCAGAGCAGUACCAAUGGCCUAGACGAGAAUCGAGGCCUGGAAAAAAUGACAGAUCCUCAAUGGAACAACGAAGCGACGUUUGACGUAGUCAGUCAGCGCUCGGACGUUGAUAUUUCCGUUUACGACAGACGAUCUGGCUCCAACGAAGACAUCUUUCUCGGUCAUGUCCGCACAAGUGUGCAACUAAACGAGCAAAACCCAACCUUCGAAAGAUGGAUGCCCCUCCAGGCUCGCGCGCCUGAAGAUCAACACAUCACGGGAGAAAUACUUAUCAAGAUGCAGUUUUCCACGGGCGACAAGAAGCAGUUUGGUCCCAAUGAUUUCCAGAUCCUCAAAUUAGUCGGCAAGGGCACUUUCGGUCAAGUCUACCAAGUACGAAAGAAAGAUACUGGAAGGAUAUAUGCCAUGAAGGUCUUAUCGAAGAAGGUUAUCAUACAGAAGAAAGAGGUUGCGCAUACUUUAGGAGAAAGAAACAUCCUUGUAAGAACAGCAACAACUGACUCACCCUUCAUUGUGGGCUUGAAGUUCUCCUUUCAAACGCCACAAGAUCUGUAUCUCGUCACAGAUUUCAUGUCUGGCGGAGAGCUGUUCUGGCAUCUUCAGAAGGAAGGCAGGUUCAAGGAAGAUCGAGCAAAAUUCUACAUCGCAGAACUGAUUCUAGCUUUGAAACACCUCCAUCAACACGAUAUAGUCUACAGAGAUCUCAAGCCAGAGAACAUCCUCCUCGACGCGAACGGGCACAUUGCCCUGUGCGAUUUUGGUUUGUCGAAAGCUAAUCUCACAAAGAACGAUACUACGAACACUUUCUGUGGUACCACGGAAUAUUUGGCCCCGGAAGUAUUGCUCGAUGAAGCUGGAUACACCAAAAUGGUUGACUUCUGGUCACUAGGUGUAUUAGUCUUUGAGAUGUGCUGUGGAUGGUCACCUUUCUAUGCGGAGGACACUCAACAGAUGUAUAAAAACAUUGCGUUCGGCAAGGUGCGAUUUCCACGAGAUGCUCUGUCCACCGAAGGUCGAAACUUCGUAAAGGGUCUACUCAACAGAAAUCCGAAACAUAGACUAGGAGCGAACAGGGAUGCAGACGAGCUGAUCGAGCACCCAUUCUUUGCGGAUGUUGACUGGACUGCGCUGGGCAAGAAGAAUCUUGUGCCACCAUUCAAACCAAAACUAACAUCCCUGGCCGACACAUCACACUUCGACCCCGAAUUUACAAAUGCACUCAACACCUCCCAAUCGCUAAACGCACGAGCACAAGCACUAGCUGGACAGGGCGUGCCGGCCUCGACACCAUUAUCACCGACAAUGCAGAAUGCCUUCAAGGGCUUCACAUUUGUGGAUGAUAGCGCAUUGGAACAGCACAUGGGCGACCGCGGCAAUGAUUAUGGCGACGACCUGAACCUAACAAGAACCAGGACCAAUCAGAGUACAGCUGGAAAUAGAAUGUCCGGCAUACAACGAACUGGCACACAAGACGAUGGCAUGUUCGAUGGGGAGAACUGGGAAAUGUGA